GUGCAGCUGUGGUACAUGAGGAGACUGUUUCAUAAUUAUGUUUACAGGGGCCAAAGAAGACCAGAGGGACUUUGCUCAGGUGCCAACAUGGAGCAGGUUGCAUCCACAGGCAAACCUGUGCAGAUCACUGUGGCAAAGGGAUAUGAAUUGAAAGGUUUUAAAGGAGAUACCCCAGUUACCUUUAUUCGUGCAGAAUUUAAUCAGGCAGUUUUGGGAGACUCUGCCAAAAUUACCGUUUCUUCAGAAGGAACUGCAGUGUACAACUUCACUGCUAGCUUCGAGUUCAGUCCUGAAGGAGGAGUCACUUUAGAUGACCUCGCCCACAAACCUGUGUUCUUAACUGUGACCGAAGUUUUACCAAAGGAAAAGAAACAGAAAGAUGAGAAGACCUUAAUUCUUGGGCAGGCUGUGGUGGACCUUCUUCCGUUAGUGGAAGGAGAGAGUUCAUUUGAAACAAUGGUCCCCCUGCACCCUGUGACAGGCUCUCCCCUGGAGGUUCCUCGACCAGGUGGUAAGCAGUGCACGCUUGAAGUCAAAGUGUCUGUGGCAGAGACUUUAUUGACCACAGCCCAGAUGGUAGGAGGCAAUCUACUGAAGGUCACAUUGGAGGCUGCCUACUCUGUGCCUGAAUCCUUCAUUCCAGUAGGUCCCCUGCAGAACUACAUGGCUGGUCUGCAAGUUCCAUCAAGUGGAGAGAAAGACUAUCCUAUUUUCUUUAAGAAUGGAACUCUGAAGCUUGGAGGGGAAAAAGAACCUGUCCCCCGGCCCAAAAAAUGGCCUAUUGCCAACAUUCUGGCUCCAGGGGCUACUAACAUUCCUGAUGCAUUCAUUGUUGGUGGGCCCUAUGAGGAAGAAGACGGAGAACUCAACCACCCUGAGGACAGGGAAUUUAGGAACCAAGCAGAGAGCAUAAAGAAAAGGAUUAUUUGGGACUUGGAGAGCCGUUGCUAUCUUGAUCCUUCUGCAGUGGUCAGCUUUCAGAAGCGAAUUGCUGAUUGCCGACUGUGGCCUGUGGAGAUCACAAGAGUUCCUCUGGUUAUUCAACCGAAAGGGAAAUCUGCCAAAUUUGAUAAGACAGAUGAUGAGAGUCCACUUUCAUUUCAUGGUGUGGCUUAUGUCAGUAUGGUCCCAUUGCUGUAUCCGGGUGUGAAGAGAAUUCGGGGAGCUUUUCAUGUUUACCCUUACCUAGAUAAUGCAGUGUAUGAAAAGACCAAGUGUUUAAGUAGCUUGUUCCGGGAUACUGGGCAUCAUUUGAUUCAGAAUAACAAAAUAGGAGGAAUCAAUUCUCCGUUGUCCAAGCCAGUUAUUUCUAGGAGUCUGAAAGAAGACAAAGUACAAGCAUCUAGUAUAAAAUCUCAGAACUCAGAUACUCCUUUGGAAACUGAACCCCCUCUAAACCACAAUCCAGAAGGACAGCAAUACGUAGAAGCAGGGACAUACAUCGUGUUGGAGAUUCAGCUGGACAAAGCCUUGGUUCCAAAGCGGAUGCCAGAGGAGCUAGCCAGACGGGUCAAGGAACUGAUUCCUCCAAGGCCCCCCGUUUCCCGCAGGAUAGGAGGAGCUCAGAAGGCGGUGAGUGACUACCACGCGCAGAUCAAGAACAUUUCUAGAGCCAUUCUGGAUGAGUAUCACAGGAUGUUUGGAAAGCAGGUGGCCAAACUGGAGAACGAUAUAGAUAGCGAAACCCUGGUGGAGCAGAAGUGCCAGCUCAACUAUGAACUUAAUUGCUCUGGAAAAUAUUUUGCUUUCAAAGAGCAGCUCAAGCAUGCUGUGGUAAAGAUUGUGAGAGAGAAGUACUUGAGAACAACAGCAUUUGAAAGCCAGGAGGAACUGCAGACAUUCAUUAGUGAGCUCUACGUGUUCUUGGUGGACCAGAUGCAUAUAGUCUUAAACCAGACCAUGCCAGAUGACGUCCAAGGUGCUGUCCCAGCCAUUCAUACAACUACUGAACAGCUUCGACUCUUCGCAUUUGAAGCAGAAGUCAAUGAGAACUUUGGAAUGGCAGCUGCAUAUUAUGAAGAGAGGCUGGCUCGUGAGCCCCAGAACCUGGAACACUGGCUGGACUAUGGUGCCUUCUGCCUGCUAAUUGAGGACAACAUCAAAGCACAGGAAUGUUUUCGGAAAGCCCUUUCCCUCAACCAGAAUCAUAUCCACAGCUUGUUGCUGUGUGGUGUCCUGGCUGUCCUGUUGGAGAACUAUGAGCAGGCAGAAAUUUUCUUUGAGGAUGCUACUUGCUUGGAACCAACCAGUGUUGUAGCCUGGACUUUACUUGGUAUAUACUAUGAAAUUCAAAACAAUGGUAUUCGAAUGGAAAUGGCAUUUCAUGAGGCCUUCAAACAGCAGCAGGCCCGAAUAAUGAAGCAGAGCACUGGUACUGCAGAGUACGUUGAAGAAGGAGGGAAAACGGAAUCCAGUUUUGGCCCUUGGGGAAUCACUAAUGGUUCUUCUACAAUAGCAAUCAAAAUGGAAGCCCCACCAGGGCCAGGAGCUCAGUUAUCCAUUCUGGACGAUUUUCUUGAAGAAUCUUCCAAACGGAUGUCAUAUGUACAAGAACCAGUUUUGUCUGUAACACCUCAGGAUCCAGCAGUCAGUCAAAGACCAUCCAACCUAUUCGUCAAGGAGAUACCAGAAAAAAGAGAAGCAUCAAAAUCUCAAGAUUCAUCGAUGUUUCUGCAUCCUUCCCCUCAGGGGGUUUCCCAAAGUCCUACCACCAUCUUUAUGGAGACCAUACACUUUUUGAUGAAGGUCAACGCUGUGCAGUAUGUGCACCGAGUGCUUGCACAUGAGCUGCUACGCUCUCAAGGAGGUCCCAGCUGUGAGUAUUACUUGGUGCUGGCUCAGAUACACCUUCUCAAGAAGGACUUUCCCAAGACGGAGGAAUACCUUCAACAAGCAGCCCAGAUGGAUUACCUGAACCCUAAUGUCUGGAGUUUGCAGGGCCACCUCAAUUUUCUGAGUGGAAAUCAUGCUGAGGCCAAGGCAUGCUAUGAGAGAACUGUUAGCUUUGUAGUGGAUGCUUCUGAGAUGCACUUCGUCUUCCUGCGACUGGGGCACAUCUAUCUGGAAGAGAAAGAGUAUGAAAAAGCAAAGAAAACCUACCUGCAAGCCUGUAAGAGAUCACCUUCAUGCCUUACUUGGCUGGGACUGGGAAUUGCCUGUUAUCGGCUGGAGGAGAUCACGGAGGCAGAGGAUGCUCUCUCUGAAGCCAAUGCAUUGAACAACUACAAUGCUGAAGUGUGGGCAUACUUGGCUCUGGUCAGCCUGAAAGCGGGACGACAACUGGAAGCUGAGCAAGCAUACAAGUAUACAAUGAAGCUAAAAUUGAAAGAUGAGACUCUGCUUGCAGAGAUCCACAUGCUACAGGAGACAUUUGGUUUUGGAAAUCCAUCCUUUUGA